UCUCUGAAGCUGCUCAUCGAUGGGAUGCGUUUUCAAUCCAUAUCGGUGAGGGAAGCGCGCACCGGAGCACACGCACCCCGCACACCGCGUUCAGACUGGGAAAGCUUCCACAGACACAUCUGGAAUCAGGACCAGAAAGGACUUCCGCUGCGGUCCGGUUUAGGUCCAUUUACCUGAGAAAUAGUCCGUUUUUCAAGAGAAAGACGAAGAGAAAACAAAAUCCUUGCUUGAGGUUACAUUUUAACUAAUGGAUUUCUUGAACGUUUCUUAUUUUUCUAGUGGAGACUCAAAUUUAACAAGAGCUGAAGAUGAUGCCCCUCACUGCGGUGCCAGUCUGCCUGUCAUCUUUGGAAUCAUCUGUUUCCUGGGCAUCAUCGGGAACUGCAUCGUCAUUUACACAAUUCUGAAGAAGACAAAGUGUCGUGCCAAGCAAACAGUCCCAGACAUAUUCAUCUUAAACUUGUCAAUCGUCGAUCUCCUGUUUCUUCUUGGCAUGCCGUUCCUCAUCCACCAGUUGCUGGGCAACGGUACGUGGCACUUCGGUGCGGCCAUGUGCACGGUCAUCACUGCCCUCGACUCCAACAGCCAGAUUGUCAGCACUUACAUCCUCACUGCAAUGACCCUUGACCGCUACUUGGCGACUGUUCACCCGAUCCGCUUCAACCACAUCCGAACACCAUACGUAGCUGUACUGGUCAUCGGACUGGUGUGGGUCCUGUCCAUGUUCACAAUCAUCCCUGUGUGGAUGUACACUGGUCUGAUGCCUCUGCCGGAUGGACUGGUUGCUUGUGCUCUCCUUCUCCCAGAUUUGGUCAAUGACACGUACUGGUUUACACUUUAUCAGUUUUUCUUGGCUUUUGCAAUCCCUUUGGUCAUCAUCUGCCUGGUGUUCUUCAAGAUCCUACAACACAUGUCCGCCAGCGUGGCACCGCUGCCCCCACGCAGUUUAAGAGUGCGGACCAGGAAGGUGACCCGGAUGGCGGUGGCCAUCUGCCUCGCUUUCUUUACCUGCUGGGCUCCUUACUACAUCCUGCAGCUUAUCCAUCUCGGGGUGCAGAACCCAAGCAUAGCUUUCUCAUAUGCGUAUAACAUUGCCAUCAGCAUGGGUUACGCAAACAGCUGCAUCAACCCAUUUCUCUACAUUGUUCUCAGUGAGACCUUCAAGAGACAUUUCCUCCGGGCGGUGCGGCCAAUCAACAGGAAGUUCAGAGUAAACCCGAGCACCACAGACAGUGUCAGCAUGAGGAUUGUACCAGAAGGGGCUCAGCAGGAGCAGGCCUCCAGGGAGAUGUUGCCCUCCAAUGAUCCCCCACAGUGAUAAAUCUGUAAAUAUCACUGAUAAAUCUGUUUAAUCCCAGAUUUUUCCUGUCAAAAUAGGGGCUUGCUCAACAAUUGGUUAGUGGGGAAAAGCAUUGUCUAAAUGUACUCAUUUUUUGUUAAAUUUGAUCUAUAUUCACAUGAAAGAAAACAAAAAAAAAGAAAAUACAGAAUGACACUAACAUGCAGAUCCAGUCAGAGGUAUACAGGAUAAGACCCGCUGCAGGUCUGGGGGUCAAAGGAGAUGUGAAAAUUCUCAAAGGACUUGGUAAAGAGUGUUCCAGUUGUACACACAUAAACAGGUGUACCUCAAAUUAGAAUAUCAUUAAAUAGUUCAUCCGCUCAAAAUGUGUGGGUUUGUAUUUUAGGUGUUUGUUUCUGUUGGUUUGGCAGCUGCAGGAAGCCCAGUGUCCCAUUUCUUAGAGAAUUUAAGUUUUGCUAAUGACCAAAAAGGCUUUCAGUUAUUCCUGUUGCUUGUGAAGCAGAAGUUUUUUGUCUGCCAAAUUUUCCUUCGAAAGGCUUCAAUGUAGAACUCUAUGACACUUGUGCAGUAUCGACUUUCUUUGGCACACCUAUCUUGUGGUGUCAGUCUGUGUUUUUGUCAUGAAUGUGUAAGCCAUAAUAUAACAUUUCUGUCAUUUUGGUCUUACAUGGUUUUCAGUUUUUCCUGAACCUUUGAAUUUUGUCUUUUCACGGCUGUGGGCUGUUUUUAUCAAGGUGGAGUCUUGAAUUGUGUCCUUAUGCUUGUGGCUACAUAUCAGUUAUUUUAACAGUGAAUGUGAAUUUUUGUAUGUUUUGUAUGCCAGUGAAACACUGGCAUACAAAACAAGGUAGUGUUGUUUCCAUCUUGGAAAAAACAUCUCAGGGAAUUUAUUUGAUUAGGUGAAGAUUUUGCAUUGUUGUGCUUUGCAAUAUCUGAUCAAUCCGAACGGGUCACUUUUCCUAACUUUGGGUUUGAAGAUGCUAAAAAUAAUAUUUUUGCUGUUGUAUUUUUUGUUCCAUUCUCAAAGCAACAAUGCCUGCACUGCAGGAACAUCAGCCUCUUUCCUAUGAACUGACUUCAAACUUACUCUGUGCACAAUGACUGAAUACAAGUCAAAUGCACAGCAUUACUAAACAGAAACUACACUCUCUUUGUUGAUGGCUCUGGUGGUUCUAAAGAAAAUCAAUUGAAUUAAACCUUAAGUGAACAAAAGAAAUCACUGCCAAACAAAGACAAAGUCAAGACGGAAGCACAGCGUGUGCAAAAUGUUACUGUUUUCUAUGAUUAACCCCACUUGCGCUGCAAAUACUGCUCCUGUAUGACCUUUUCAGUUUUACAACCUUAUUGAAGAAUUUUUAGGCACUCUUUCUCACAGCAUUGCUUCAGUUCAUGGAGAGUUGUGGGGAUUCAUGUCGGCACAGUUCUUGUUCUUAUAUCAUAGCAUUUUAAAUCAAGGUCUGGACUUUAAUCCAGCCAUUUAAAAAAAAUCCUGUUUAUAUUCUGCUUCAGUCAUUAGGAUUCAGAUUGGCUGCCGUAUUUGUGAUUAUUGUCCUGCUAAUGUCCCAGUUUGGGCCAAGCUUUCGCAAACAGACUGAUGUGAUGGACAUUACAUGGAAAUUGCCAACCGGAUUGAUGGACAGAAUCAAAUGCAUCUCCGAAUUUUCCUCCAAAAACCUAUGAAAGCAGCAGGGUUGCACCUGUAGCUUUUCCACACAGAGUUGCUCUUCUAAUGUGCUUUUUUGUGCCAAGUAAAUAUUGAAACUGUUGAAAUCUUCUGUGUGAUUUUGUUCACUCGAGACUGGAUUUAAAUAAUCUCAGAAGUAAAGACCAGAUCAUAUUUUACAGAAAAUAUUUUCUAAUAUAUGAAAUUUUGUAUUCUUAAAUGAAACUGAACAACAUAUAGUGCAAUUAUUUGUUUAAAGCUGCAGUACACUAUUACUGUUUACUAUCAGCUGAUUCUUACUCAGCUGUCGUUCAGCCAUGCAGCAUGAUGUGACCGCAGUGAAGCUCAGUUUUAUGUUUUAUGUUCCAGCUCCUUUGACAAGGUGCAUUGCAAUGCAAAAAAAAUACAGACUGUGAUGUGUGUUUGUGUUAACUUGCAACCAGGUGACCGACCUCUGUGAAUGCGAGGUGACCAGUAAAAAAAUCUGUUAUUGUGUGCAGUGAUACAACUAAAAGAAAAGAAAAACCACUUGGCUUCGAUUUGAUUGCUCAGUCGCUAUCAGAGAAAGCCGACAAGUGGGAAUAUUUUUUCUGCUUUAAUUGUCGUUUGAUCAUUUUAUGUCCUGUGAAGUUGGAUUGUACUAUGAGCUUUCUUGUUCGGAGCUUUUCAGGCAAACUGAAACGUAAAAAAAAAAAACAAGUCAUACAUGACAGAUGGUUAGGGUAUGUUUUUGUAGGGUAUAGCAGAAACAUGUGUUCAGCAACAUAGUAGAAGGAAAAAAAGAAUUAACAUGUUCUGACCAAAGUGAUCAACAAACUAGAUUUCACCAGUUUGCAGUUCUUUUAGGAGAUGCAGCUGAAUCAAA